AUGGAUAGAAAUGAAAAGAGUUCCAAAUUUAUUUCAAGUGUGCAAGCAGUACCAUCAAUCGGUGAUUGCACUCAAUACUCAGAUCAAUGUCAACAAUAUAACACCGGCCAAUCGUCAGAAUCAAUUCAAGUCGUUCGGUCACCGGUGCAAAACUGUUCCCUCGUCAUGGAAAAGACACAGAGACAAAUAGCGCUACUACUUCCUCCUCUUCGGCCGACAACAUCGAUGAGGAUGAUAGCAGCAACAACAACAACGAAUCAGCAGCAACCAAUGCCUCAAAAGAAAAAGUCAUCAAAGAAAUCAUCAUCAUCAUCAUCAUCUUCAAAGACUGUUGCAAGUCCCAGAACAAACAACAACAGCAGCAACAAUAGUAAUACAGUUGUAUCUACAGCAACAACAGUAUCAUCAACAUCAACAUCAACAUCAGCAACAACACAACAAGUAGUAUUAUCAUAUGGUAUAGAGGAUCUUUUGGUGAGAGCAACCGAUCUUGUUAAUGCAGAUAAAAUCGAUGAAGCUAUUGCUGACUUGACAGAUGUUAUCAAGAUGGAUGGCAAUGAAACGAGAGCAUUGGGAUUGCGUGCCGAUCUCUACGAACACAAAGGUCGAUUCCAAGAGGCACUUGCCGACUACAAGAGAGUACUCGAAUUAAUUCCAGAGUCGAUUCCAUGCUUGUCUUCAAUGGCCGAAUGUUAUAUCGGUCUCAAAGAUUUUGAUCGUGCAAUCAAAGUAUUUGAACAAGUUUUAACAAUUGAACCAAGAUAUGCACCAGUACUUGGACUAAUUUCAGAGAUGUACAUAAAACUUGGAAAUUUGAAUAAAGCAUUGGAUUAUUGUAAGAGAUUGUUGGAGAUAGAACCCGAAAACAUUAAUGGAUAUCUGAUGUUGGGACACGUUGCUUUCAAACAGCAAUCGUUCGAUCACGCCAUAAAGUUGUAUAAGCGUGCCAUCGAUAUUGGAAGAUCGGUGGAUCGUGACACUCUGUUGCAGGUGCACAGCAUUAACACCGACGGUCCAAAACUAAAGAAAUCCAACGAUUACAAUCCAAUCUAUGGUGCUGCAGUCUGCUUGGCAUCGAUCGCCGAGAUCCAAGGUGACGUAGCCGCACAGAUGAAGUGGGUCGAUUUCGCCAUUGAAGAGCACCCACAGAGCGCCUAUGCAAUCGGACUCAAAGGCACCUAUCUCCUCCGUCAGAAACAACCGGAGCAAGCUCUCGUCCUCUUGAAAAGCGCAAUGGACAUCGACCCGGAAUCGGAGAUCGUCAAGAUGGCGCUCGCCGAUUGCCUGUUUGACUUGGAGCGAACCGACGAAUCGAUCCACUACUACACCCUGGUGUUGGCCAACAUGUUGGAGCGUGACUUGCCCGAGGAAGCAAACACUCGUGUCAUGCUACUGCACAACCUGCUCAUCGGAUACGUCAAGCAAGUCAAUUCAUUCCCCGACUUGGAAGUGGAUUGCGACAUCGAAAUCGAGGACGUCGUCACCAGUGAGCUCAACGACAAACCACAGAACCUGCAGGAGCUCUCAAAGAAGGCACGUGCACUCGUCUUGGUAUUGAACAGAAUCCUCGAGAAACAAGCGGAAUCCAGUCAACUACAUUCAUUCGUCAAGUCAUCGAUCAACACACUCAAACACAUCGCGCUAUCCUCCAAUCAAUCACUAGAGAUUCGUCACAACCAGAAAGUAACACUCGAUCGCGAAAGCAUAUUGGAUCCAUUGGAUGAGAUAUUAUUCUAUUACUACGAUUUUAUUAAAGGUACUUAUUUUGGUCAAGAUAAUUAA